ACGGUCUACCAAUUUAAAAAACCAAAAUAUCCCGAAGAACCAAUUUUCUGAGGCCAUGCACGUCCCGUUCAAGAGAUAUCCUCUCGGAAUUCAAGGAUCUGAAGCCCAAUCGGUGCUUCCAUGGCUAGUAUGUCUCUCCAUCCCGACGCCUAAUGGUGUUUGUUUCUGACUCGUGCCUUUCUCACAAGCAAUUCAUCAAACACUGGUCGUGCACAAUCAUUGCUCUUGGUAUGUGAGAUUUAAUUGCUAAAGUUUCAUUGUUUUGUUUAUAAUACCCAGCCAUGGCUGUGUCAAUAUGCUCUUCGAGUACUUGCUGUGGCGGUAUCAAUUACAGUUUUGCUUUCACUGAUAGUAGAAUACCUGUUCCAAGACAAAGUAAUGAGUCAGUUGGUGUUUUUAAAGGGGAGAGUUUUAAGGUAUUAUCUUCUGGGUAUGGGGUGAACAGAAAAAAUCGCAAAAGAAAAAUAGUGGGCUUUUGUGGGUUUGCAAUGAAAGGUUCGGGCCAGGUAAUGGUGGUGGAGAACGGGAAACCAAGAAAUAUGUUGACUUCCGAUGAGGUUUUGGAGGUUCUUAAGUCAACUCGUGAUCCUAAUCAAGCACUUUUGUACUUUAUGUCCGUGCUUGAGUUGCCCACUGUUGUUCACAGUACCAAGACAUGCAAUCACAUGCUUGAAGUCUUGAGGGUGCAUGAGAGGGUGCGUGAUAUGGUUAUUAUUUUUGAUUUGAUGCAAAAGAAAAUCAUAAGGAGGGAUGUGAAUACUUAUUUGACUAUAUUUAGGAGCCUCUACGUAAGAGGCGGGCUUAGGCAAGCACCAUUGGCACUUGAAAAGAUGAGAGAAGCUGGAUUUGUUUUGAAUGAGUAUUCGUAUAAUGGAUUGAUCUAUUUUUUACUUCAUUCCCGGUUUUGUGGGGAAGCAUUGAAAGUUUACAGAAGAAUGGUCUCAGAAGGUAUUAAGCCAAGUCUGAAGACAUACUCGGCGCUUAUGGUAGCAUUGGGGAAAAGACGGGAUACUGAGACUGUGAUGGGUUUACUGGAAGAGAUGGAGAGUUUGGGGUUGAGACCGAAUAUCUACACCUAUACGAUAUGCAUUAGAGUGCUGGGAAGAGCUGGAAAAAUUGAUGAGGCGUAUGGAAUUUUAAAUAGAAUGGAUGACGAAGGAUGUGGGCCAGAUGUUGUUACUUACACUGUUCUACUUGAUGCCCUUUGUAAUGCAGGAAAACUUGAUAAUGCCAAACAAUUGUUUCUUAAGAUGAAGGCCAGCAGUCACAAGCCGGAUCGAGUAACGUACAUUACUUUGUUAGACAAGUUUAGUGACAGUGGAGACCUAGACACAGUGAGAGAAUUUUGGAAUAUAAUGGAAAAUGAUGGUUAUGCUCCUGAUGUGGUUUCUUUCACCAUACUUGUCAAUGCUUUAUGCAAAAUUGGGAAUGUUGAUGAGGCAUUUGGUAUGUUGGACGUCAUGAGACAGCAUGGGGUAUCCCCAAAUCUUCAUACUUACAACACAUUGAUUUGUGGACUUUUGAGGGUUAGUAGGCUAUAUGAAGCAUUAGAACUUUUCACUCUUAUGGAAUCUCUAGGUGCUGCACCCACUGUUUACACAUACGUCCUUUUCAUCAACUACUAUGGAAAGACUGGUGACUCUGGCAAGGCCCUUGAGACUUUUGAGGAGAUGAAAGCUCGAGGUAUUGCUCCAAAUAUUGUUGCUUGCAAUGCAUCCUUGUAUAGUCUUGCAGAAACAGGGAGGCUUGGAGAAGCAAAAGCUAUCUUCAAUGGGCUUAAGAAUAGUGGGCUUGCCCCAGAUUCAGUGACAUAUAACAUGAUGAUGAAGUGUUAUAGCAAGGCAGGCCUAGUGGAUGAAGCAAUUAAGUUACUCUCUGAGAUGCUAGAUGACCGGUGCGAGCCCGAUGUGAUGGUUAUUAACUCUUUGAUUGACACACUUUAUAAGGCUGACCGCAUAGAUGAGGCAUGGCAAAUGUUUUUCAGGUUGAAAGAUCUGAAGCUUGCUCCUACGGUUGUGACCUACAACAUAUUGUUAGAUGGUCUAGGGAAAGAAGGUCAAGUCAUAAAGGCCAUCGAACUCUUUGAGAGUAUGACUGGGCAUGGAUGUCUUCCCAACACUAUAACUUUCAACAUACUCCUGGAUUGUCUAUGUAAGAACGAUGAAGUUAAUUUGGCCUUAAAAAAGCUUUAUGAAAUGACUACAAUGAACUGUAGUCCCGAUGUCCAAACUUAUAACACCAUCAUUUAUGGACUUAUUAAAGAAAAUCGAGUCAAUGAUGCAAUAUGGGUCUUCCAUCAGAUGAAGAAAUCGUUUCGUCCUGAUCAUGUAAGCUUGUGCACCCUCCUUCCUGGUGUUGUAAAGGAUGGGCAGAUUGAAGGUGCUCUUAAGAUAACUGAGAACUUUGUUUCUUGGCUUGGGAUUCACUCAGACAGGUCUUUUUGGGAAGAUUUGAUAUUUGGGAUUUUGGUUGAAGCAGGUACAGAUAAAGCCAUUAUUUUUGCCGAGAGACUGGUCUGCAAUAGGAUUUUCCAAGAGGACUCCGUAUUGAUACCAAUACUAAAGGUAUUGUGCAAACAUAAAGAAGCCCUUGUUGCGUGCAAUCUGUUUGUGAAGUUCACCGAAAGUCUGGGAAUGAACCCCACCUCAGAGGCAUAUAACUCUCUGAUUGAAGGGCUUCUUGAAAUCCAUAUGAAUAAGGAGGCUUUCAAUCUUUUUGAGGAGAUGAAGAAUUCUGGUUGUUCUCCAGAUAUUUUCACUUACAAUUUGUUACUAGAUGCUUUUGGGAAAUCUGGCAUGAUGAAUGAAGUUUUCCAGCUGUAUGACGAGAUGCUGUGUAAGGGGUGCAAGCCCAACACCGUCACCUAUAAUAUUCUCAUCUCUAGUCUAGUCAAAUCAGAUAGCUUGGAUAAGGCACUUGAUUUGUACUAUAAUCUUGUUAGUGGUGAUUUCUUUCCCUCUCCUCGUACAUAUGGCCCUCUUAUAGACGGGCUUUCAAAGUCAGGACGGCUAGAAGAAGCGAAGCAGUUAUUUGAGGAGAUGGCGGACUAUGGAUGCAAGCCAAAUUGUGCUAUUUACAACAUUCUUAUGAAUGGGUUUGGGAAAAUGGGUGACGUAGAAUGCGCAUUUGAGUUGUUUAAAAGGAUGGUUAAAGAGGGAAUAAGACCAGACAUGAAGUCCUACACUAUUCUUGUGGAUUGCCUAUGCAUGGCAGGAAGAGUGGAUGAUGCUUUGCACUAUUUUAAUGAAAUGAAGCAAGCUGGCCUCAAUCCUGACUUGGUUGCUUACAACCUUAUGAUUUACGCCCUUGGAAGGUCGCAGCGGGUAGAAGAAGUUCUCUUUCUCUUUAACGAAAUGCGAGACAGGGGUAUCAACCCUGAUAUUUAUACUUAUAACUCCUUGAUACUCAAUCUUGGGAUCAUUGGAAUGGUUGAGGAAGCAGUGAACAUGUUUGAGGAACUGCAAUCUGUAGGUCUUCAACCAAAUGUUUCCACAUAUAAUGCUCUCAUUCGAGGAUAUAGCAUCUCGGGAAAUUCUGACCUCGCCUAUGCAGUUUACAAGAAGAUGAUGGUUAGGGGCUUCAGCCCCGACAGCAGAACGUUUGCUCAGCUUCCUAACAAGUCCUAGAUGUCCCAUAGACUCAAUCUGGCCACCUCUUUGCUGAUCACCUUCCUCACGGCAUCCGGUUUGCAUUUCCUUUCUUCUAGUGACAUCCUGAAAGCAUCCUCUUGCAAUCUUGAAAUGUGGUUGCAAAGCUAUUCUGAUUUGCUUGAUUAUAUCGGCAUCUGGGUCUUCGCUAGGAUGUUUCAUUCAGAUGCUUUUGGCAAUUUUGCACCGUGAAUGUGGAUCUCUGCAAGAUUGAAGCUUCCGACUUUAAUUAGUUGGGACUUAACACUAGUUUUACCCAUCUUAAACUAGCAACUGAAGGUGCACUCCUGGAAUCCAAGCUGAACCUGCGAAACAACCGAUGCUAUGUAUAGGCCUGUUCAUUUUCUGUAAAGUUUCUGCAGUGUGCAUUCUCCUGUAUCUGUAUGCCUGUGCGUCAUCUGUUGAUGAUAGCUUUCAUUCUUUCCAAACUUUAUAAUUUGUAUUAUAAUUGAAUAUUAGUGAGAUGCUAAUAUUAUUUGUCAGUUACAAAAGUUCUGCGACUUUUUUAUUCAG